AUGAAAGCAAAGACGAGCUCCAGCACUGCAGCCAUGUCCACAUCCCUGCGGGUGAGCCCCUCGGUCCAUGGGUACCGCUUCGACACCGCGCUGCGCAAGAAAGCCGCGGCCAACAUCUUCGAGAGCAUCAACGAGGCGUCCCUGCAGAAACUCUUCAAAAACUCCGGCGACAAGAAGGCGGAGGAGAGAGCCAAGAUAAUCCUCGCCACCGACCAGGACAUGGAGGAAAAAACGCGAGCGCUGAUGGCACUAAAGCAGAGGAGAAAAGACAAACUGCUGCAGUUCCUGACGUUUCGGAAAUACUCCAUCAAAGUUCACUGAGCUGGCGGAGGGAGAGCGUUUUGUGACGGGACUGUUUGAGAGCUCCCAGCACGCUCAGCAUGCUCGGCUGCCCCGUGGGCCUGGGGACCUGAGAGUCCAUGCAGGGGGCUCCAGCCCCACUGCAA